AUACUUGCCUUGAAAGUUAAUCUUUCAAUUCUAUUUAAAAAUUAUGUAUAAUUAGGUUUAAAUAUUGUUGGAAUUUGGUAAAAGAGAGAGCAGCCAAUAUUAUUGAUUGAUGCAUACGCCUUGGCAUCUGUGUGUAGCGCAGCAAAAAUUUAUAAACAAAAAGGUAUUUCAUAUAGGCACACUCACUAAACAAACGCGCAGUUCCUUGACAAACACCGAUUCCUCUUGAUAUACGCUACAGAUCAAAUAUAUUUUUUUCGAGUGCACUAAAAAUGAGCUCAAUUCGCAAAAAAUUGGUAAUUGUGGGCGAUGGAGCAUGUGGCAAGACUUGUCUAUUAACUGUUUUCUGCAAAGACAGUUUCCCCUUGGAUUAUGUGCCAACAGUUUUCGAGACAUAUGUCGCGGACGUUGAAGUUGAAGGAUCACAGGUGGAAUUGGCUCUGUGGGAUACGGCUGGUCAGGAGGAUUACGAUCGCUUGCGUCUCUUAAGCUAUCCCGAUACAGAUGUUAUUGUCAUGUGCUUCUCCAUUGAUUUGCCUGAUUCGCUGGAGAAUAUUCAAGAUAAAUGGAUACCCGAGGUGAAGCACUUUUGCCCAAAUGUUCCCAUUAUCUUAGUGGGCAACAAACGUGACUUGCGCAAUGAUCCAGAUACCAUUAAGGAAUUAUCUUUACAAAAGCAACAACCAGUGCAGACUGAACAGGGUUCUACCAUGGCUGAAAUAAUGAGCGCUUUUGCGUAUCUUGAAUGUUCGGCAAAAAUGCAGGAGGGUGUUCGCGAAGUCUUUGAAACUGCGACCAGAGCCUCUUUACAAGUGAAAAAGAAAAAUAAGAGAUCGGGAUGUUAUAACUUAACGUGUAAGCUGCUAUAAAAAUCGAAAACAAUUAUCGAUUAAAUUAUCCUAUCGAAAGGUUCAUAUUUACUUUCGACUCAAAUCGUUAGAAGUAAAUUUUGCAAACGUCUCGAUAAUUCUCAUUAACAAGUAUUUUC